CCGGAAGUACAUGGGAACGGCACUGAAGAAGAGUGGAGGGAUAGAGAGAAGCACAGAGGACAACAUGAGGUUCACGGCUCACGCUGCGUGUUUGCUGAUCAGCUGUUUGCUUCACUCCUCCCUCUCCUCUGCCACUCGCUUCCUCGCUGUCUCCUGCACCGUGGGUGAGCAGGCGCUCCUUCCCUGUUGGUGGAAAAGUGUCCUGAAGGACGUGGACCCGUCCCCUCCUCACAUCCAGUGGAGGACCAUCACGGCGGAGAUGGUCUUUGAACAGUGGGGGGUCCGGCAGUGGCAGGCGAACGAGUACAAAGACCGGGUCCAGGUCCCUGAGGAGCUUCUGGACUCUGGAGACUGCUCUCUGGUCAUCAGAGACGUCCAGAUGGACGACACGGGGAAGUACGAAAGCUUCAUGAUGGUGGACAGAGACAGGUCCAGAAAGACCCGGGUCUUCAUUCAGGGCGUCAAACUGUCUGUGACGAACCACAAAUCCCAUGAGACUCGGCGUGUGGGUGGCGACCUGGUCCUGGAUCUGCGAACCCGACUUUCUGAGCGAGUCGUCUUCCAGAGCAGAGAGAACAGCUCAGCGUGGACGGACGUGUGGAUGAGGAACGAUAAGGACGGCCAGCGUCUGGAAAAACAUCCCAUAAAAGAACAGCUGACCAUCAAGAACCUGAAGAGCUCGGACGCAGGAACGUACCAAGUCCUAGACGAGCACGGCCGCGCCAUUAGCAGCGUGCGGCUCUCUGUGGAGGGAUUCAGUGAAACGGACGUUUUCAGAGACGCCGGCGUCAGAAGCAGCAGCGCGUCGCUCCUCGUCUGCUUCGCUCUGGUCGCCAGUUUCCACGUCCAGCUUCAGUCCUGAGACUCAGACCAGGAAACGCUGACUCAUCAUUCCUCCAGACGGAGUCUCGUGGUCUUAAUGUGCUAAAGGAGCUAGCGGUCUUCGGUGGUCUCCUUACUACGGUUCGGGGUUCU